AUGGGUUUGAAAAGUGGUUCUUCUCAACCAUCUUCUGUGUCAAAGAAAGCUUCUGGGAAGACGAAGAUAAGGAACCCAACAAGAAAGACCUACAUGUCCAAGACUCAGAACAAGGAACCCACAAAUGUUCCUUCUUAUGGGAAUAUUACUGAUGAAGAGGAAAUCAAUGAUGAAGAUUCUCUUGUGAAAUCACCUCAUGUUGAUGUGCCCGAUGUUGAGACAUAUGUGUCUCUGGAAACUUCUAAUCAAGAAAAUCCUGAAAAGGAUUCCACUUUUCAUGAAGAUUCAGGCAAUGCUACCCAGCCUGAUGUUUCUGUGUCGUCCUCUUCCAAGGAUGCUGAUCCAAAGGAUGACAAUUAUGAGGAAACCAAUUCUGAAGAGCCAAUCCAGGCUCCAGCCCCUGUUCAGGAUAUCUCUGAUGAUGAUUCUGAUGAUGUACCUCUGACUGCUUCACUUCCUGAUAGUGUUGCUGCCAGAAUGAAAAGAAAAAGAAGGGUUCCUAAUACUGAGACCACUCCUACUCCACAAAAGAGAUCCAAAUCCUCUCCUGCAAAAGGCUGCCAAGACCCCUAG